ACUGCAAUACAAAUAAAACCCCCAAAAUUUGCACACCCUUCUCUCUAGGGUUUUUCCGCUUCUCGGGAAUUCUAUCUCUGAUUCUCUGCGCAACAACCAUGGCGAUACACUCUCUCUCUCGCUCUCUCCCCAAAACCCUAACCCUAGCCUCCUUCCUCUCCCGCUCUUUCGCCACCUCCAACGCUGCCGCUUCCUCUCGCUCCGCUAUCUCCUCCCUCUCUCUCCUCCGCCCACUCGCCGCCGCCGGUGUGGCCCUCCGCCGUGUCUCUUUCGCGGCUCCGUUGAGAGGAUUUGCGACGGGCGCGACGUCGUCAUCGCUCAACGAUCCGAACCCCCCCACGUGGUCGAACCGACCCUCCAAGGAGAUAAUGUUGUUCGACGGUUGCGAUUUCGAGCACUGGCAGGUCUUUGUGGAUAACCCCAAAGGCAACCCCACCAGGGACGAGAUCAUCGAUAGCUACAUCAAAACCCUAGCCAAGGUUAUUGGAAGUGAGGAAGAAGCAAGGAUGAAGAUCUACUCAGUUCAUACUGGAUGCGUAGGGUUGUAUGCAUUUGGGGCUCUUGUGUCUGAAGAAAUAUCAUGCAAGCUUAAAGAACUGCCCGAAGUCAAUCAUGUUCGUGCUGAUUUUUAUUGGGAUUUAGAGAACAAAGAAUAUGAAGGUGAACCUUUCGUUAAUGGGUUUGCAGUUCCUUAUGAUCCUAUGUACCAUGUGGCAUGGAUGAACAACAAUGGUCGGAGCAAUGACAGACCUCGUAGUUUUGAUAGAUCAAGACAUUUUGAGAGGUGGGAAAACAUGCAGAAUCGAGAUUUCCAAAAUAGGCCUUGAGAUACUGAUAUUGCAAAAAUAAAAAAUUUGAGAUUAUAAUUACAAAAACAUUGAUAAUUGGAAAGGUGUAAGUGAAGCUUUUCAAAAAAAAAAUAUGAGACCAAAAAGAGGCAGGACAUUAAAGGUGGCCUAAAGAAGAAAAUGAUUUAAGAAUUAAUGUUGCCUUUCCAAACUUUAACCAAAAAUUAGCUAGAAAAUAUAUUUUUGUUAUUUUAACUACUAUUUUAACAAACUUUCUAUAUUAAACUCUUCAAAUAUUUCUCUAUAUUAGCUAAAUAUUACUUUUUUAUUGGUUUUAAGCAAUUACUCCUAAUAAAUGAGGAGAUAAGAAAAGUGAAAAGUAAAGUGAAAGGGGGUAGGAAUUCAAAAAAUUGAGGGAAAACUGCAAUUUACCUCUAUGAAGUUGAAAUGAAUCUGCAGUCCUAGUACUAAUGUUUGGAUUGCAUCAAUUGCAACCCAUAAAGUUUAAGAAAUUUGCUUUGUUCUUGUAGGUUUAGGUUCUCGUGGGUUUGUUUGGUGGGCUUCUUUCUUUCUUUUUUUGGGCUUUUUUUUUUUUUUUCGAUUUUCAGCUUUGCGUUUUCUCUUGUAUACUGUCGGUGUACUAGGGGCGCCUAACGCUUUUAAUAAAGUCAGUUUAUUACUUAUCAAAAAAAAAAAAGUUUAAGAAAUUUGCAAUCCAUCUCUUUUCGUUCAAUUGUACCAACUGAAGAGACAAAAGUGACCUCGCAAGCCGUGGACAUGCCUUUUUUAGACAAUGGUGAACAAAAAUGCCCUCAUUUAAAUAGUACUGUUUUGGUUCAAAAAUUUCAAAAAUUUAUCAAAACACUUUAGGUCUCUCCAAACUGUGGGAUAUGAAUUUGGGACACGUGUCCCUCCUUAGAGCUGUCGGAGAUUGUUGACAAAAGCGGCGAUGCGGUUGUUCGAGCUUAGAUGGCCUAAAGUUUGAUCUUUAGCUCUUGAGCGAACUGCGAGAGUUUUUCUUUAAUCGGCCUGCUUUCGACGGCAUACUCUUCUGGCAUGACAGCAAUGACUCGGAGAACCAGUGUGUUGUUGUUGGGUUUGCAAGUGUUGGAUGAUGAUGAUCUUUCGGCCAGUUCUCUCAUAAAGGAAGCGUAUUGGCCACUGAGUCCGAUGUCGAAGUCGACGACGUGGAUGAAGAUAAAGCAGUGGAGAGCUUCGAGGAGGGCUUGGUGUCAUGGGGAAUUCUUUAUAAGGCAAGGAAUGCAGUUUGAGGAAGGAAGCAUGAAGCAUAAAACUGACAUGGAGACUAAAGGAGGAGAAGAAGUGCAGGAAGUCUGCCCCAUCUCCAGUACAAAUGGCCGCCUUUGCAUGAAGCUCUGCAGAUUGUGCUUUACAGCUGUAAUCCGGUUUGAUGGUUGAGCAUGUGGAAGUUGUUCAGCAGUCUUAUUCUUGUUUCACUCUUUAGCUUGUGCUUUUUUUAGACAAAGGUGGCAUUUUCUGUUUUGAGACCUGUAAAGUUCAGAUUUAACUUGGGAGACUCGCCAUCUCGAAUCAGCUUAUCAAUUCAAUAUAGCUAUAAUUCGUCAUUCAUACAAUCCA